AUGUCCUUUCGAAACGACGGAAGCCGGUACGGGCAAGUCCCGCCAGUUCAAUAUCCAGUGGCAGGCCAGCAGCCAGCGGAGCAGCACGGCAUGACCCGCCAGGCGAGCUUCAACUCUGGCGACGAUGGCACCUACUAUGAGGGCCACGGCCAUAAUCAUUACAACCCUGCCAUAACACACCGGCCCGCGCCCAGCGAGGAUGAUCUCUUCAUAUCGAGCCCGACCAACUACCCGCCCGGCCGGUCACCGUCUGGCUCUGGCAGCGCCCUGUCUGGAUACACUCACCAGUACCAACAAGAGCAGCCGCCGCCCACGCCCUCGCAUGCUGCGUACAACCCCCAGGCGUUUACCCAGCCUUCCUCCAACUUCCAUCGUUCUCAGUCGACCAAUAUACCGCUACAUCAGCAGACCAUGUCGUCGCGAUACUCUGCGUCUUCGUCGAGCUCGAAUAACACUUAUGCCAGCCCCUCGCCGAACAACUACGCCCCUCAGGCAUACAACCCCGCCGCCUACGCUUCCGCGGCGCCACAGCGACAUCCCACAUAUCACGGAUACAACAACAGCCAUGAUCAGUCCUAUGGCGCUGGAGGGCAGGCAUCGCCGUCCUUCCCGCCUCAGUCUCCUGGCGUGCCAUAUCCUACGCAUUCUCCAACAAGAGCGGCCUCAUACCAACAGACUAUGCCCACAAGUCCAUCUUCAUUCGCUACUCAGUCACAGUCCUCGGCUCCAUACCCCACGACCUCCCAUAUGCCGGCAUACCCUACGAAUGAUGGCAGUGCCUACUUUAACAACAGGCCUGGUCGACACCCAACAAAUGCCCCUCUGCCGAAUCGACCUAUGGCUGACCUGCCCGAGGAAGCAACUCCAUGGGAUGCCAAUGGCCGGCCACUCCCUCAACCUCAUUACCGCGACGAUGAACCCUAUGACCAGGAGAGUAUCAUGCAAGAAAUCGAAGCUGAACUAGGAAGGGGGGAUGGCCGAUCAGAACCUCGGCCACUCCCUUCGCCACUCCCUUCCAACGGCCAGAUGACUCUUGCCCACCACCCAUCAAGCAGGACGGCGGCUCAACCCGUGUAUGAGGAUGGGAAUGACUCUGAUGACCUAGAGGGAGCUGCUGGCGUCCUGGCAAUGCAGCAGGCUGAGCUAGAAGAGAGACGUUUCAGCGGAAGUACCUUUAUAUAUAAUGAUGCGCCCACCAUUGCACACCCCCCACAGUCCAACCCACUUCCCCCGCCACCUGAAGAGCAAGAUAAUAGCAGCGAUAGUGACUUUGGGGGAUUCAUGGACCUUGGGGGCCUUAGUGGUGGUUACGCAGGCACACUUACGUAUGGUAACGACAUUGGGAACUACACAGGCUCUUCUUUCUCCCAAGAAUCAUCACGGCCUUUACCAACGCCGGGCCAAGCCCGACCUGCGCAAGUAGAUUAUGGAGACACAGGUGGCCUACAGGCGCCUCGUGCCAAGAGGCUCAGUUUCGACGAAGGCGACGAGAGAGUCUCCAUUCAUUCACAUCUCAGUGGAACUGAUUCCCCGUCAAAGGAUGACUACGAAGACCUAUUCUAUCACCCUGGCCUGUCGAGCCGACCGCUACCAUCCCUCCCUCCGGCUCCGGGGUCUGACACCAGUUCCAUGACGUCUGGGCAACUUACCAGUCGCACCGGCUACCAUUCCUAUUCUCGGAGUUCAGACUCAAGAAGUCAGCAGCUUGAUAAUCCAGAGAACUUUUAUUCCAACGCCAAUAACUCCACUUAUUCUCAUCAGCAGCCCGAGCGAUCGGUUUCCCUGGCCGGAUACAGUCACACCCCGCAGGUGCAAGCGCCCGCAAGAUCAAGGACUGAUGCGGCUGAAGAGCGCAGGAAGAUGGCUAGACAACAGCAGUCGACACCAGGACUGCCAAUUACUGAUGGUGGUAGAAAGAAGAAGUUUAUCCCAUCGAAACUUACGCCGAGUGAUUUCAAACGAUGCCCGGAACCCUGGGCGCUUAGUGGCAUUGAGGCUUGGGUCCGUGAGAUGGCUGAAGGAGAGCUUGACCUGAGAGAGAAGCUUGUCGAGGAGGCGCUGACCAUGUUGUUUACCUUCAAAGUUCCGACCAUGAACGUCGCUGAUGCUGAAGCUCUCAGCACCGCUGUACUGGCCCAGAUGCUCCAGUAUGGCGUCCUUUUGCCGGAUGAAGAAUGGAUCAAAUUUGGAACUGGUCACAUUUCGGGAGUUUUCUUCCAGUUGGCUGGGUCUGGAUGCUACGCGCCCAAGUUGCAUGAUAUCGAGAUCAGUGGCCGUUGCUAUUCCAGCCAUUGUAUGCGGACUCUUAAAAAGGUGGACCUUGAAGGCUUGACUGAGAAACCAGCGGAUGACUGGCACGUCUUUUAUAAGCUGACCAAGGAAGACAUUGAAUCUCGCUCAAAGAAGGAGGUAGAACGCCAAAACAUCUUGCACGAGAUUGUCACCGGUGAGGAGUCGUAUAUCAAGCAGCUGAACAUCUUCCGUAUGCUGUACAGAGACGACUUGCGCACUAGGCAACCGCCCAUUCUUAACCCCGACAAGCGUGACAAGUUUCUCACAGCAGUCUUUGGAAAACUUGAUACAGUAUUACGCAUCAACAAAGAUCAUCUUCUGGCGCAGCUCAAGUACCGUCAGCAGGAGCAAGGCCCCUGGAUCGUCGGCUUCAGUGAUAUCUUCCGAGAGUGGAUCCGAAAGGCCAAGACUGACUACAUUGAGUAUGCGACCCAGUACCCUCGUGCUGCGUACAUGAUACGCAGGGAGGCUGGCAAAAACCUCUUGUUCAAGAAGUUCUUGGAAGACAAACAGAAGGAUAAGGCGGGUCUGAAGCAAGAUUGGACUCACUUCCUCAUCACUCCGCUGCAGCGUCUCCAGCGUUAUAUCCUCCUACUCGAAACAGUGGAACGGAAAAUGGCGGGAGAGAGCGAAGAGAUGACGAUUCUCAAGAGAGCCAUUGAAGAGAUUCGUGUGGUCACUUUGGAAUGUGAUGCCAAGGUCGCCGAGACGAACAAGAGAGUAGAAAUGACGGAGCUUGACAGGAUGCUCAUAUUACGGCCAGGCUUCCAGGCUUUGCUGAACCUUGACCAUCUCGGCAGGGUUCUUAUAAUACAGGGUGACCUGCAGCGGUUGAGCUCAAGUGGCAUCAAAUGGGUGGACACUCAUGCCUUGUUGUUUGACCACUAUCUCAUUCUGGCCAAGGUGGUGGUCUCUAGAGAUGGCAGAGGAGAGAAGAAGUAUGAUGUUUCCAGAGAACCUAUACCAAUGCCUCUAUUAUUCCUGGAAAGCAUGAACGACGAUCCCGUCAUCAAACAGAAGGGAAUCACAGCUCCUCUAGCCAGGACAACAGCCGUCGGACCGGCUGCUGCAUCCACAACUCAGCUCAGCUCCCGACCAGGCCUUGAGCACACUAUUAAGCAUCUAGGUCAUGAAGUGUACACGCUGUAUGCGUCAUCCGCUCGGGAUCGGGCAGACUGGUGCUCAAAGAUUGUUGAGGCGAAAACGAUACACGCCAAAGGAUUGUUCUCUCAGAAUGCGGAGCCUUUCAGGCUUCGUGUUCUUGCCGAUGCUGCAUUCCACUACGACAUCAGCUCUCCUCAUGCAAGAUCUGCCGGCGUUCCGGUUGUUAAGGGCACACCGCUCGACCGGGCAAUCGAAGAAUUAGAAGGCGUUCUUGGUUCUGCACAGGGUGUUGCCCCCGUAUGCCGUGCCCAAGUGAAUUGCGCAACGGCCUUUUCAGCGUUUGGUAAGGCUGUCAUUGCAAUAGGAACUGACUAUGGCAUCUACAUCGCCGACCCUUCCAAUCCGCGAGGAUGGACUCGGACGGUCCAAAUCGCUAGGGUCACGCAAAUCGCCGUCUUGGAAGAGUUCAACGUGUGUGUUGUGAUUGCAGACAAGUCCUUAAUCUCUUACCCGUUGGAUGUAAUCGCCCCGGUUUCGGAAUACGCUCCGCCGGUCAAUGAUAACCCCAGACGAGCUCCCCAGAGACUGGCAAAGGAUGUAACAUACUUUGCAACGGCAAGGAUGAAGGACCGGACACUACUCUUCCACAAACGAAAGGAAGGCCUACACACAAUGUUCAAGGUCCUCGAACCCAUCCUUCAGAAGUCUACGGAAAAGAAGUCGCGAUUCUUCGGUAGGGGUAAGGGUGCUUCCGGAAGUGCCGAGUCAUUCCGUGACUUUGACGAGUUCUUCUUCCCUACGGAGUGUUUCUCCUUGAGUCUUUUCCAGACCUACGUUGCCGUGUCCACAGCCAAGGGUAUUGAGAUGUUGACGCUCGACAAGAAGCAACCCAUCUCCAUUCCGGAUCUCAAAGCACCGGCAAUUGCUAAUAUCGCCAAUCGUAUCCGAGAACAGCAUCCUUUGGGCAUGUUCCGGCUGAACGAGAACGAAUUCAUCCUAACGUAUGAAGAUUGCGCCGUGUAUGUCGAUAAACACGGUGAGGUCAGCAGGACUCUCAUCAUGGAAUACACAGGCAAGCAGAAGAAGGCCAAGGGCGCAACCAUGUACGGACAGUACCUCAUUCUGUACAACGAUGACUACGUCGAGGUUCGAAAUGCCGACAACGGGCGGUUGCGGCAGAUCAUUGCUGGGCGGGACGUGCGACUGAUUGACUUUGGCGUCCGUGGCCCGACUGGAGACAACGCGGCCCAGGCGUCGCAAGUGUAUGGACACAAUGGCGGGUUGUCGACGGCGGGUGACGUUUCUAAGGGAACCGUCAAGAUCGCCAUGUCGCACCCGGAGCUGUCUGGAAGACAGAUUAUUUUGGAGAUGCUUCUUAAUGACGGGCAUGUCGAGUAA